AGGUCGGAACUCGAACUUUUCAUGUCUUCCAUCUCCCUCUUCCCCUGCAUGGACAUUGACGAGCCUUCCAACAUUGAAAACCCCCUAGAGGCCAACAAUGUUGCCACACCCGUUCAAAGACAGGAGCCCAUCGUAACGUUGGCUGCUGCUAUGUCGUCUUCUCCUCAGAGGAGGUCUCGCGGGCAUGCUAUUUGCGAGGUUGUUGGAUGCCAUAGACUAUCGAGAAAAGGCGCCUCUCACGAGAAAGCCAGAUUCUGCACCCGUCAUGGUGGUGGUAGACCUUGUCGCUAUCAAGGUUGCCAUGUCGCUGCCCGAGGCCUCCUCGGAUACUGCUAUAAGCAUCGUCAUCUGGCCAACCCGCAUAUCAUCUCAAAACCAACACGUGGUGGGCCGAAAGGCAGCAAAGGUCGUUCAUCGAACGUCAAAAGCAGCACAGCUCGCCACAAGGCGCCCGCUUCCGAACCAACCAUCUUCCUCCCCUUCGACUUGAAUGCAACGGUGGGCGGUCUUCCUAGUGGAUAUACAUGUAGCAGUUUCGGGUCAUCAUCCCGUUGUGAAACUGCUGUGGACAGCUCUCCCCUCACGAGUACGCCCUACUCGCUCGACAUCUCUUAUAAUCCUGCUCCAGCUUCAAACUUCGAAGAGCUUUUCAGUUUACCUCCAGCGUCUUGGGUGCACGAGGUGCGUCAAAAGCUCUCAACAACUACUAUUAUGAAGUUCUAAAUCGUCAUUUGUUAUAAUUCCCGUUAUAACUCUGUUGUACCAUUCUUACUACCUCCCGUAAGAGGAUUACUUACCCCUUAAUAAGCUCCCUUACGGGUAUCGUGACUCACGGCUUUGCUUCUGCUGCUGUGCUUUCGCUGGACAUCUAAUAAUCAUGCUACCGUAUGCAUGUGGACACUAACAGUGUUACAUGGAGUACUUCUUGUUCGUUAUCAUCUUUUCACAUGGGCGAUACCCACGCCAUGUGGAGCACAUCAUCCGAUACCAUGUUU